AGAUAAGUUUAUGACCUGAAAAAUGGCCCCCCAAGCGAUGGAUGCGAAUGGUGUGCUAUUCGAAGGAGAUGCGGAGACGGAGGACGUGGCCCUGGCGCAUCCACCGAUCCAGCAAGCCGGGGAUGAAAAGUGGGACUUCCGAUAUGUGAAGCAUAUUCUCUUUUACACUGCGAUGCUCUAUACAGCCGGGGUGUAUGGAGGCUACCUGGCGCUGGUGUCGACGAAAUGGCAAACGAAUGUAUUCUCCUUCUUCUUGUACAUGUGUUCAGUUAUGGGCGUAGCAGCGGGAGCGCACAGACUCUGGAGCCACAAGGCGUACAAGGCAAAAUGGCCUCUCGAAGUCAUUCUUAUGCUCUUCCAAACUUGUUCCCUCCAGGUAAGAUUCAUCAGAAAAAUGCAAAACGCUAAUAAAUAUUACGUAGCCCUAGUGACGGUUAUUUGCUUCAUCCUCCCCACUGUCAUCCCGGUUUACUUCUGGAACGAGACCUGGAUAAACGCCUUCUUCGUGCCCGUGUUACUUCACCACGUCUGCUGCUUUAAUGUAACGGCUUUAGUCAACUCAGCUCUCCAUAAAUGGGGAUAUAAGCCCUACGACAAAAACAUGAUGGCAACGGAACUUAAAAUUCUCGAUCCGUUUACACUUGGAGAAAACUACCACAACUACCACCACGCUUUUCCUUGGGACUAUAAGGCGGCAGAAGUUGGCGAAGGCACAUUCUUAUUAUCUACAGCGUUCAUAAAUUUCUUUGCGAAAAUCGGCUGGGCUUAUGACUUAAAAACUAUCUCUGAUGACGUCAUUCGGAAGCGCGUAAUUCGUACUGGAGAUGGCUCGCACCAUAUUUGGGGAUGGGGUGACAAGGACCAGACUAAAGAAGAAGUGGAUGCAGCUGUGAGAAUUAACCCUAAAGAAGAUUAAGCCUUGCCUGCCUUUUCACAUUUGAAGAGAAAGGGAUAGGGAUAUUAAAUAUAAAUAUUAAUGUUUAAAGUUCUUGGAUGGAUCCGCUAAAGUAAAGUACUUAUUCAUUAAGCUAUUGUUGAAGCAUCAUUAUGCUUCAAUAAUAGUUUACCGUGGAACGACAUAGGUGUAUAUGU